AUGUCUGGCGGUAAAGGAAAAUCUCAUGGUGGGAAAGCCAGGCCUAAAGGUGCCAGUGACGGUGCUAGGCAGCAGGUUUCGCAUUCCGCAAAAGCGGGGUUACAGGUGAGCAGUAAUUUUUAUUCGCAUUAGGGAUUGUGCCUUUUUCCAGCUAGAUUCGGGGGUUUGACAGUGGUGUCGGCAGACUUGCGCAAUCGAGCGGGAGACGAGAAGAGCGCCGUUUUAGACGCGUGUUAUUGUGUCGCCCGCGUUCAGUUUGCACAAGUCUGUGGACAAAGUUGUUUACAAAUGUAGUGCUUUUUCUUCUGGAUCACUCGCGAGGGAUUUUUUUUUUUUUCACUUGUCUAACGGUCGCUGAUUUUGUCUUGAUGCCCUAGUUUCCCUGCGGUCGCGUCAAGCGUUUCCUCAAAAACAACACACAGAACAAAAUGCGCGUCGGAGCAAAGGGUAACUCUCCCUCCCCGUUUUCUCCCAGGCGAGGCAGCCUAGAGCGAAAUUUUUUCCAAAUGAAUAAUCCCUGCCGUUCCUCGCUCGGAUAGAAACUUCGCUAUCAUGGAAAUAUCUCGUCUUCUCUCAUUUCCUCUCUGUUUCCCCCGAUAUCGCAAAAGCUAACAAUGUUUGCGUUUGUAUAGCUGCUGUCUAUGUGACUGCCGUUCUCGAAUAUCUCACCGCCGAAGUCCUGGAACUCGCGGGUAACGCUGCGAAGGAUCUCAAGGUAAAGCGGAUCACGCCUCGUCACCUGCAACUUGCGAUCCGUGGAGAUGAAGAGCUGGACACUCUCAUCCGCGCCACUAUCGCCUUCGGGGGUGUUCUUCCUCAUAUCAACCGCGCCCUCCUUCUGAAGGUCGAAAAGAAGAAGGCUUCUGCGCCUAAGAACCUAUAGAAUCGCAGCUCGCCCAGCAAAAUCUGGAAUAAACAGGACUUCUGAUUUAACCUAUCGCCUACGAUUUUCCCCUCACGUUUACUACUUCCUUCGUAAUCCUGUCUUGCCGCAUCUACCGUACCCACAGUAAUGGUCCGUAGGAAUGCACAAUGAUGACGGUAUCCUCCUGGAUAGAAAAAAAAAAACAGUCACCAUUAGGGAAUGGAAAGAUGGUCUUGGGAAACUUUUUUUUAUUCCCUCUUUUUAUCUCGUCGUUUUUAUUUCCUGUGAUGGGGGUUGGAAGGCUUGGGAGGUUGGCCUUUUUACCGUGGUAGAUGCUUCUAUUUGUACUCGUACGAUGGGCCUAUAGUUGCCCGGAUGAGCAGGGUUGUAAUACUAGCCAUGUUUUUCCUUCGAUGUAUUCCACUCCCUGGUCUCACUGCCGUAUUUCAAGCGAAAAGCGCCUGGCUUGCUACCCGGUGGGCUCAUCAAGCUGAGCUAUGGAUGGGCGAUCUCCUGCUUGAUUUAAGGUAUUGCACCCUAUGUGAGUGUGAUACCGGGAACCACGAUCGAACAAGGAGCAAACAUCAUGUUUUUCGGGUUCCAAGCCACGCCACCAGCCCAUCCACUACAAGCCCACUCUUGCCGAUACCAUACCCCAACUUUGUAUGCUACCAUAGAGCACCGGCGCAUCCACCAAUGGCUCCCCAUCAUCAAAAUUCCCGCCGCGCUCGCCAUUCUUGGCCCGCAGCCAGUGCACUCGAGCACAGACCAGGUAUUAUAUCGUACUUACCGGUAUAGUAUACUCUACAAUAUCACCAUCAUCCGAAGUAUACGAGUAAUGGGCAGGGUACGGGAUCAUCUCGCACAAUCGAUGCCAUAAUUUGCAGUAUCACCAUCAUGCUCCUGCGAGGUCCACACUCUGUUUCGCUCUACUCUAUUCUACUCUACUCUACUGCACUCGGGAGGAAAGGAUGAGACGACAAAGAUACAGUAAUUAGAGCACGGAGAGUGGCGGGUACUGAUUAUUAUUAUUUUCUUCCUUCUUCUUUUGUAUGAUAAGAUUGUGAUAAUGAUACCACGGGUAAACAAAAGGUUACCCGGACGCGGAGCAAGUUCAACAGAGUACACGAGUACUCUGUGUCCCGGCUUCCAGCAAAAUGUGUCUCAAAAAAGAAAGAGAAAAAGAAAAACCAACACGGGACCAUUUUAUUUGGAUACAGUACGGUAGUACAAGUACUCCAACUGCCAAGUUGCUUUGCUGCCUGGCGCCCAUUUGCCCGGCACCCAGUUCAUCUAUCUAUCAUACUCUUACCCAGCGCCUAGGAAAGUUAUGGUGGGAGCAAGGAGUGAAAUAUUGUACCUUGGAGAAAAAAAAAUACCUAGUGAGAGAGAGUGUGGACUUGAUGUAAACCAUUGUACUUCAAGGAUUGGAAAAUAAUUGAGUAGACUACUAGUACCGGUAUAAGUUUAUCCUGCAAUGACCGUGGGUAAGUCAAGUUACCGGUAGUGCUGAAAAGAUCAGAACGUGCACCAGCGCCCACACUAAGAUGCGGUUGAUAAAUCUGCCAAGGUAAUGAGUUGCUCUCUAUGAUUGUGUUAUCUCUC